CCAAGUCGAGCACACAUCAUUGGUGCGAUAUAGCCUACAAGUAUGGUUCGAAACUUCUGAAAUUUGCCAGCAAGCCAUUCCCUGUGGGGCCUUUCCAAGAUCCAGUUCGGCUCUUUCUAUCUGGUUGCAUAUCUCCACAUCUCGUAGCAAUGUGGCUUAUCAACACAGAUACUCUACAGCUCGAAACUUUUCUUGAUGACAGAAUACCAGCAUAUGCUAUCUUGUCACACACAUGGGAAGAUGGCGAGCUUACCUUCAAAGACAUGCAAAACCCAGAUCCUUUGCAUAAAGCUAGCUUCCUUGGAUUUGGAAAAGUUCACCGAACGUGUGAAAUCGCACGGGACCAUGGCAUUGGAUACGCUUGGGUCGAUACCUGUUGCAUCGACAAAACCAGCAGCUCCGAGCUUGCAGAAGCUAUCAAUAGCAUGUUCAAAUGGUAUGAAAGGGCAGAAAUAUGCUACGCGUACCUAUCAGAUGUCUCUGUGAAGGAAGGGGAUCCUUUACCUCGAAGCCGCUGGUUCAUGCGAGGAUGGACGCUUCAGGAACUACUGGCACCUCGUCGUCUGGUCUUUUACAACAAAGAUUGGGCGUCUCUUGGGACAUUAAAGCACCAUGACGAGCUAGCUGAUGAUGAGUCCGAUGACGAUGAAUUGAUCGGUGAAGUCCCGUCAGAAAGUGCAGAGUCAGAAAUUGACGAGCCACGCAACGACAAGAUAGACGGCACAAGGUUGAAAGACGACAAUUCAGACGAGAAUGAGUCAGGCGGUAACCAGCGAGUUGAACACCAGCCAGAUGACAAUCUGGUCAACAACAAGUUGGUUGAUCAGGUUUCUCAUCUCGCUGGGAUUGACGAGGAAUUCAUCACAAGCGAGUGGAAAGUGUCUGACGCAAGUAUUGCGAAACGCAUGUCUUGGGCCUCUACUAGGAAGACCACGAGGAUUGAAGACACAGCGUAUUGUCUCCUUGGGAUUUUUGAUGUUAACAUGCCACUCCUUUACGGAGAGGGCGAAAAGGCGUUUCAGAGACUCCAAGAAGAAAUCAUGAAGACUUCCAAUGACUUUACGAUCUUCGCCUGGGGCAUCGUGGUCCCAAGAACAAGUGUACCGAGUUUUCAUGGCAUGAGCAGACCGAACUUCGGAGAACACAAUGGCUUAUUGGCUUCGAUUCCAGAGUUCUUCCAAGGCUGCCAAGAACUCAUCACUGAUGAGCUUGGUGAAAAAAGCGAGCCGUAUGUCCAGACCAAACAGGUGCUCCACUUGGCCCUCCCUCGAGCAGUAGGUCUGUCUAAGCACCGAGCAAGUGGAGAUUCAAGUCGAGUGGUCCUCCCUUGCCGCGCCUCUAGCAAUUACUUGUCACUUCUUGCAAUUGGCAUCUGGUCUCCGCGUCCUGGUAUAUUUCAACGCUCAUCAGAAUAUCUCUAUCUCACCACCCGGGAUGAAAUAGCGUCUGAAUACACCCAGCAAAAGUUUCAUGUAUCGCUGGCUCAUUACAAUAUCUCCUCAGGCCCCAGUUUCUUGGUUCGCUCAAGUGAGUAUAUACUUUUCAGAAGGCUACCGCCGAACUCGUCAAUUACAUAUGUCGACCCCGGUGUGUAUUGGAACAAGCAGAACCGGAUUAUAGGCAGGAAUAGCAAGCUUUCAGAAGAUACUGAACCCUUGACAAAGAUUACGAUAUCACACCAGGACGGCGAUACACUUGACAUCACGCUCCGUGGUUUCAGCUGGGCUAAAAUAGUGGCCGUGAGACAACAAAAGCACUUCAACAUUCAAAACGUGUCUGGUUCUGAUGUUCUAGCACACGAAUGGUCUGCUGGGCGAAGGGAGGUACAUUUUGCGAACAUGCGUAUAUCAGUGUACCCACCCAGAAAGAUCAGUGACGGUCCGGAAGCUGGGAUUCCAGUAGUGCCGAUUGACGUUGUUUCGACUCAACAUGAGGUUCAUCGUGUGGGCGACAGGGAUGACGCUGAGGAGGUGGAGGUGGAGGAGUGGGAUCAGUUAUUGCGUACUCGGCAACGAAAGACAUGACGGCUGGUUCGAGUGCUUUAAAUUGACAAUGCUAUGGACCUUACGUAUGUCAUUGAUGAUAGUAUCUUCGUGAGAAGGGUCAAAGCA